GAGAAGUAAACAAACUAAUGUGAUAUCUAAAGCGGCAUUAUUUAUUUAUUGAAUUGAAACUUUGCAAUUAUUUUAUAAUCUAAAUUAAUUUUUUUAAAAAGUAAAUCAGUUUUUAUCGUUAUUUUAUAACCUUCACCUAUAAAAAAAUGUCCAAAGUCUUAUUAUCAAAGCAUAAGAGAGCUAAACAAUGGGCUGUUUUCUCUCGUCUAUGGCAUUUAUAUGAUGCUAAAUGGCAGAAUCCUUUCGAUUCUGCUGAACUGAUUGCAAAAUAUUUAUCAGGCAAGCAUAAACCAAUCUUUCACACUUUAAGCGAUUGUGGUGAUCACGUUGUUGUCAUCAACACUGCCGAAAUUGCUAUGCCAGAUACUGAAUGGAGAUACCGAAUAUAUCGCCACCACACUAUGUAUGCUGGAGGUGAAACUUUUACGCCAGCCUGGGAGCUUCAGAACAAAGAUCCAACUAAAGUUUUUUGGAAAGCAGUGUAUAAAGCAUGCGGUACUUCUCUUCUAAGGCACACUCGCAUGGAAAGAUUGCAUCUUUUCCCAGACAAUAAGAUUCCAGAUGAUAUUAAAGUUAAUAUUUGUUCGCAGAUCAGACAAUUGAGACCAGUUCCAAAGAGACUUAGUGAAUACACUAAAGAAGAAUUGGAUGCUUAUCCAAAAUUGUUUGAAUGGCCAGAAAACUAUGUUAAAGUUUGAAAUCUGAAUUACUUAUUAUUAUUUUAGAACUUGUUAUUAAGUAAAGACUCCUUAAUAAAUGUACGAAAGAUGAAA